AUGGUUCUCGUUGUUUUGGUUUCGUUGGUUUGCUACAAACAACAGCAACUGGUUGGUGCAUCACGCUUUGGUGAUGAAUUAUUUCAACGUUUGAAAGAUGUUGGCAGUGAUCCAUUGACAAAAUCCCUGUCGCCUCAAACAUGUUCAAACGUAUUCGAAUUGUUAUCCUAUCCACGUAAAAUCAUUGGUAUUUCAGUUCGUGAUAUAAUGCCGUUACGUGUGAAAGUUGAAGUUCAACUGACAAAUCCAGCAACAAGCAAAACGGAUGUCUUUUCUGUUGACGGUCUGGUUUGUGUGUCAAGCACAAAAUGA